CGCCUUCUGGGAAUGGCUUUACGAUACGUGGACGUCAUUUUACGACAGGCCAGGGUUGCUUGGUGGCUGUCAGCUUGCCCCGUGGUCUGAGUCGGUAGCCACACUGUCCAUGGUGGCUCCUGCUACGACCGCGCAGAAAUGAGGCAGAAGCGGAAAGGAGAUCUCAGCCCUGCUGAGCUGAUGAUGCUGACUAUAGGAGAUGUUAUUAAACAACUAAUUGAAGCCCAUGAGCAGGGGAAAGACAUCGAUCUAAAUAAGGUGAAAACCAGGACAGCUGCCAAAUAUGGCCUUUCUGCUCAGCCCCGCCUGGUGGAUAUCAUUGCUGCAGUACCUCCUCAGUAUCGCAAGGUCUUGGUUCCCAAGUUAAAGGCAAAACCCAUCAGAACUGCCAGUGGGAUUGCUGUUGUGGCUGUGAUGUGCAAACCUCACAGAUGUCCUCAUAUCAGUUUUACAGGAAACAUAUGUGUAUACUGCCCUGGUGGACCUGAUUCGGAUUUUGAGUAUUCAACUCAGUCCUAUACUGGAUAUGAGCCAACCUCCAUGCGAGCUAUCCGUGCCAGAUAUGAUCCUUAUUUGCAGACAAGACACCGAAUAGAACAGUUAAAACAACUUGGUCACAGUGUGGAUAAAGUGGAGUUUAUUGUGAUGGGUGGAACGUUUAUGGCCCUUCCAGAAGAAUACAGAGAUUAUUUUAUUCGAAAUUUACAUGAUGCCUUAUCAGGACAUACUUCCAACAAUAUUUAUGAGGCAGUCAAGUAUUCUGAGAGAAGCCUCACAAAGUGCAUCGGAAUUACUAUUGAGACCAGACCAGAUUAUUGCAUGAAGCGGCAUUUAAGUGACAUGUUGACCUAUGGCUGCACAAGGCUGGAGAUCGGGGUGCAGAGUGUCUACGAAGAUGUAGCCAGAGACACCAACAGGGGCCACACAGUGAAGGCAGUGUGUGAGUCAUUUCACCUGGCCAAAGAUUCCGGUUUCAAAGUUGUGGCUCAUAUGAUGCCUGAUCUGCCAAAUGUGGGACUAGAAAGAGACAUUGAACAGUUUAUGGAGUUUUUUGAAAACCCUGCUUUUCGUCCUGAUGGUCUGAAACUCUACCCCACACUGGUGAUUCGUGGAACUGGGCUUUAUGAGCUUUGGAAAUCUGGAAGAUACAAGAGUUAUUCUCCUAGUGACCUGAUCGAAUUGGUGGCUCGCAUUCUAGCCCUUGUGCCUCCGUGGACCCGUGUGUACCGAGUGCAGAGAGAUAUUCCAAUGCCCUUAGUCAGCUCAGGAGUAGAGCACGGUAACCUGAGAGAACUGGCACUUGCAAGAAUGAAAGACCUUGGAAUACAGUGUCGUGAUGUGAGAACCAGAGAGGUCGGAAUCCAAGAAAUUCAUCACAAAGUACGGCCAUACCAGAUUGAAUUGGUAAGGAGAGAUUAUGUUGCAAAUGGUGGCUGGGAAACAUUCUUGUCAUAUGAAGACCCAGAUCAAGACAUCUUGAUUGGCCUCCUACGAUUACGAAAGUGUUCAGAGGAAACCUUCCGUUUUGAACUGGGCGGAGGUGUCUCCAUAGUCCGAGAGCUGCAUGUAUAUGGAAGUGUAGUCCCUGUGAGCAGUCGGGAUCCUACUAAGUUUCAACAUCAGGGAUUUGGCAUGCUGCUGAUGGAGGAAGCAGAAAGAAUCGCUAGAGAAGAACAUGGAUCUGGGAAAAUAGCUGUUAUAUCAGGAGUCGGCACCAGGAAUUAUUACAGAAAGAUUGGCUACAGGUUGCAAGGCCCGUACAUGGUGAAGAUGCUGAAAUAAUGGCCACACCAGUCCACCUUCAUGUAUGUAAAUCCUCCCUGGCAGAAGAUGGAACGUCAGGAUCUCUUGACGACUCAGCAGAGAGGCUGAGCAGAGCAAAUGGACUUGACGUCUCCCUGGCAAGGGGCUUCACCCUCGUCCCGCAGCUGCAGAAACUGGGAAGUGCCCUCAAGGCCAGGCUGGACCUUCUGCAGACCAAGCCGCCCUCUCCUGCGUGUACCCUAGAAAUCACUGCAGUGUUUAGGCUUAAACCACUUAUCCAGUUUCUAAAUUCUGCAUGAGGCCUGCAAGUGACCUAUUUUGACUCAGACACAGUGACAAAAGCUAAGGAAUCAGCUCAUUUGGGCAGCAUAACUCAUGGAAUAAAACCAUGAUUGUCAUUUGAGGAGCAAACUUAGGAGUAGGUUGUUUACAUGCUGCAGAGACAUAAUGCAUGAUCGGAUGUGUGGAAACUGUCAGACUCCACUCUCUGGCCCUUAACUACAUGCACACUAGUGCAGAUGUUAAGAAAAUGAGCCUUUGUUUAUAGAGAGAAUUCUGGUUGCAGUGCUGAUGUUUUGAAGCAGCCAUGUGACGGAGGAAGAGGAAUUGCGGGUGUGGGUGUGGAUGUGUGUGUGUGUGAGCCUCUCCACAGCCAUCAAAAGAUCGGCCGUGACAAGGAGUCUGUAAGUCACAUUUUGCAUUGCCUGUGUUUCCUACUCUCCGGGCAACUGCAGGGCAGUGUGAACAGCCGCACAUGCGGCCCAGGAAGCAGCUCCCAGAAAGCGCUGGGCUUUCCCGUUGUCUGUCCUGAAUGGGUGGAGUCUGAGGCUGUGUGGACCUAAGUCAAGAUUCACUUCUGCAGAAGCCGGCCCCUGCUUUUUCAUUCUUGUAGGUGGGUUUCAAUUUGUAUUAAAUGGAGAAAGGUAAGAGCUCGACACCUAUGUGAAAGCAAAAGACCGGAAAACAGGAUUGGCUUUGUCCAAGGCUCCUUGGGUAGAACUGCCUCUUGGAAAUUGCCAGAUAAUCUCUGUAGGAAACUCACCCUGAAGAGUGUCAGUUCCUAGACUAAGAGCUCGCCCAACCCCCUUGGCCCCUGUGGCAUCUUACAAAGCUUUGUUUCAAGGAAUUGAUUCCUCUAAAAGGGCCUGAAAAUAAAAAGUCUUAAAAAAAAAAA